CCAACUAGGCGUAUACUUGUUUAAAGUAAUAUUAUAGAAUACAAAAUAACAAAUAUCUACUAUGGCUGCUAGUAAAAUUCCCGGUUGGGUCACGGCUGAGUUAUUCGAAGACCUCCUCAAGGCGAAUGUUGAGGGGUUUUCAAAAGUCAAGAGUUUCAAAGCGGAUAGUGGAUCUGCGGCGGGGGAAAACUAUGCCACCAUUAUGCUUCGAGUUAACAUUGAAGUGGAACUACAGGGUAAGUCAAGGGGGCGGAGUUCGAGAAUAAAGUCUGAUUUCCCUCCCUUAGAUGGCAAAUCGAAACCAGUGUCUUAUAUGGUCAAGUUGCCUCACCAACUGGAGAUGUUCCAGGAGAUGAUGAAGAGGACUAACAUCUUUGACAUUGAGCGCACCAUGUACAAUCAGGUUGUUCCCGAAAUUGAGGCUAUUUAUGAGGAAGUGGGUGUGGAUAUCACUUUUGGCGCAAGGAGCUACGAUCUCAAGAAUGCCAAGACUGAUUAUGUGGCCCUUGAAGAUCUGGGAGUCAAGGGAUUCAAAAAUGCAAACCGUUUGGAAGGAUUCGAUCAAGCACACACGGAAAGAGUUCUCCAAAAAUUGGCUCAGUGGCAUGCAGCAUCGGCCGUGCGAGUGACCACAAAGGGCUCAUAUACUGAUAUACUUUUAGAUGGCUUAUAUAAGGAAGAAAACCGUCCGAUGAUGACUGAAAUGAUGAAAGGAAUUGGUUCGAAUUUUGUCAAAAGCUGUCCCACCUACGAAGGUUACGAAGUGUUUAUAGACAAAGUCAAAGCAUUACAGCCUGUGCUUAUCGAUAAAAUGUUCGAUUUCGCCAAGGUCGAUCCCAUGGAGUUCAAUGUGCUUAACCACGGCGAUUCCUGGUCGAAUAAUAUUAUGUUCCAAUAUGAUGCUUUUGGAAAGAUCAAGGAGGUCUAUUUGGUCGACUACCAGCUCCCCAAAUACGGAACCGUUGCCCAGGACCUACUCUACUUCCUGAUAUCUUCCACAAAGCUAGAAGACAAACUUUCAAAAUUCGAUUACUAUAUUAAGGUAUACCAUGAGAACCUUGUAGAACACCUGAAGAUUCUGAAGUAUUCCAAGCCGAUUCCCAGUCUGCGAGACAUUCACUUGGCGCUCUUCAAAUAUGGGUUUUUUGGCUAUACCGUGGCCACUGGUGUGAUGGCCGCCGUUCUCUUAGACCCCACGGACACUGCUAGUUUCGAGAAUUUUGUGGGUGAUACUGAAGCGGGUCUUGCCUUUCAGAUGCAGCUUUUCAACAGUCCCCGGUUCCGCAAACACAUUCAAGUGAUUAUGCCCUGGCUCCUAAAUCGAGGCGCGUUGGACAUGUAAAACUGCAUAUUUUCCAAUUAUAUUUCACAAUAAACAAUCAACGUUAAGUCAGAAAUAAA